AAGUAAGAGUUGGAUGUCUGAUCACUUGUACAUCUAAUCUACUCGAAGAAGGACCUCUGUAAGGAAACUAAGAGAUGAAACUUAUCUGGAGUUGGAGUGAAGAAGAAAAGUCCGAAAAAGACCAAGAUUAUACAUUCUCCAUCCUCGGACUUCUCCUGGUUCUCCUGGUUAUUCUGAUUUGGAUUUCAGGCGAGGGGUUGAAACCGUUCACCACAGUAUCAGCAUAAAUGUUAAAUUAUUAGAUUGAGGAUGAAAAGGAUGAUUUACAAUUCCUUCACGACACUGUUGUUCCUAAACUCUGCUUUGGCUCAGAACCCCUCUGGGCAGAGGUUAAAGUGUGCUGAGCAAUAUUGUAUUGAUCUAAACACAUAUAAAAAACUGGAUGUUCCAACAAACCCAACGCAGGUAAGUGUUGACUUGGACGUGACUCAGAUCCUUGAAAUUGAUGAUAUCAAAUUCACUGUUUCCUUUGCCAUGUAUUUUGGAGUCAGAUGGUUAGAACCCCGUAUCAUUGGUCCUAGUAAUAGCUCUGAGAAUCCGUAUGUUCCCAUUGAUAUUAAGUUCAUCAAUGAGCUGUGGGUUCCUGAUGUGUAUGUGUACUUUCUUAAACAGAUAAACAUACUCACUAUAUUCACUAAAUUUGCAGGUUUGUUUGUGGUGAAUGGAAAUGAGAUACUGUACAGCCAGGAAACCCACAUCACAUUCUGGUGUCCAAUGCGCUUUGAUAAUUUUCCACUUGAUAGUCAAAUCUGUAAAUUUAAGGUUGGUAGUUAUGCAUAUGAUGAGGCAAAGAUGCAGUUUUCUACUUCUCUCCUCUCCUAUGAUGAUACAAUACGGAAUACAAUUCUGGAUUACACCGUGGUUCUAAAUCCACUAGGGGAAGAUGAUAAACUGUUUGUAUGGCAAAGUAUUGGAAACUAUUCACUUGCAGGCUAUGAGAUGGUGCUUCAACGAAACUCCUUGAAAUAUCUAGUUAACUACUAUCUGCCAUCAGGACUUUUUGUUCUUGUAUCCUGGGUCAGCUUCUUAAUACCUCCUGAAAUAGUACCAGGUCGAAUGACCCUCCUCGUAACCAUCUUCCUUGUGCUGAUCAAUAUCUUUAACAAUGUGACAUCUAACUCUCCUAAUGUGGAAGGACUAACUGCUAUUUCAACAUGGAUCAUCACCUGUAUUUUGUUUGUAUUUGGUGCUUUAACUGGAUAUGCUGCUAUACUCUAUAUCAAGAAUAGGCUGACUAAACAAGAUUUCGAGAAUAAUAGGGCUCCCAAGUCUGGGAACUGGCAUGGAAAUGAAUUAACCUACAUAGAUUCAGCUUUUGUAAUCAUCUUUCCUCUUCUCUUCGUUAUCUUCAACUGCCUAUAUUGGCCAUUGAGUUUGCUACGAGAUUAAACUGAAGUUUAAAAAAUCAAGUAUAUAAGAAGCUACAUCAUUAUAAAUUAGAAGUUCAUCAGUUUUUAG